UCUCUCUCUCUGUGGACAACAACAUGAUGACACUGCUGAGGUGUUAAAUGUUAACCGUCAGACGACGCCUGUCUCAGGGUCCAGGCAGGCCAAAGGUCGUCUCUGUGCCUCUCCUGAGUGACUCCUCCUAGGAGAGAUAACCAGCUCUCGAGACUCUCCGGGAUCCAACUUCCGCUCUGUCCCUGGAGCUGUGGACGACUCGACUCCUGUAGCCAGCCCGGAGGGAUCUGCACUGAGAGGCUUACAACACAAGAAAAACACACAGAUUCUUAUGAAGCUGCAGGAGUUGGUCCCAACCUCAGGAUCAGAGACCCUCCAGCGGGUCAGCAAAUUUAGCAGAGCAACAAGUACAAUAUUUUCCUCUGAAGUGGAGCAUAAAAGAGAUAUAAAGGAGCAUAAAGUAGAAAGUAAAGGUAUUCCAACGCAGAGGGCAACAAUGGAGAGUCACGUCACACAGAUUUCCCGCGACCACCUGGACGACCUCAGAGAGGCCUUUAAUAAAAUUGACAUUGAUAACAGCGGCUUUGUGAGCGACUUCGAGCUGCAGGAGCUGUUCAGAGAGGCGAGCCUCUCCCUGCCGGGGUACAAGGUGCGGGAGAUCAUCGAGACCUUCACAAGCGGGGACACCAACAAGGACGACAAGAUCAGCUUCGAGGAGUUUGUGUCUAUCUACCAGGAGCUGAAGAGUAAGCAGCUCAGCGAGACGUUUAGGAAAACCAUCUCGAGGAGAGAUGGGAUCCGCUCCUUCGGAGGAAUGUCACGGAUCUCCAGCGAGGGAACGCAGCACUCCUACUCUGAUGAGGAGAAGGUGGCGUUUGUCAACUGGAUCAACAAAGCCUUGGCCAAAGAUGAAGACUGCCGACAUCUGCUGCCCAUGAACCCCGAUGAUGAAAGCCUCUUUACCUCAGUCCGUGAUGGCAUCCUGUUAUGCAAAAUGAUCAACCAGUCUCAGCCCGACACGAUUGACGAAAGAGUCAUCAACACCAAGAAACUGACCCACUUCAAAAUGACAGAGAAUCUGGUCCUGGCUCUGAACUCGGCCUCAGCGAUCGGCUGUAUGGUGGUGAGCAUCGACGCCCAUGAUCUGAUGGCUGGGAAACCCCAUCUGGUCCUGGGUUUGCUCUGGCAGAUUAUCAAGGUUGGCCUCUUUGCUGAUAUAGAGAUCAGCAAGCACGAAGGUCUGAUCGGCCUUCUGACAGAUGGGGAGCAGCUGGAGCGUCUGCUGUCCCUCUCCCCUGAGGAGAUGCUGCUCCGCUGGGUCAACUAUCACCUACAGAACGCAGGAACAAACACCAUCAGCAACUUUAGCGAGGAUAUCAAGGACUCGCAAGCCUACUUCUAUCUGUUGGACCAGAUUGCUCAACAUGAAGAGAGUGACUUCAAAAUGAGGGUCAAAAUUGACAUGAGCGGCCUCAACGAGCGCAACUUGGAGCACCGGGCCGAACUGAUGCUGCGACAGGCGGCCCGGCUGGACUGCAGACAGUUUGUCUCUCCUCAAGACGUCACAUCUGGAAACAGCAAGCUCAACCUGGCCUUCGUAGCCAACCUGUUCAACAUGCAUCCUUCUCUGCAGAGGGCUCAGAUCAACGGCCUGGAUGGCGCACACUUCGAGGCUGAGACCAGAGAAGAGAAAACAUUCAGAAACUGGAUGAACUCCCUGGGCGUCGCUCCAUAUGUGAACCACCUCUACAGUGACCUGUGUGACGGUUUGGUGAUCCUGCAGCUCUUUGAGAAGAUAAAUAUACCUGUGAACUGGAGGAAAGUCAACAACCCGCCUUAUCCCUUCCUGGGGGGCAACAUGAAGAAGCUGGAGAACUGUAACUACGCCGUGGACCUGGGCAGGCAUCUCGCUCAGUUCUCUCUGGUCGGCAUCGGAGGAGAAAACUUGAACCAGGGGAGUAAGAUGCACACUUUGGCGCUUGUCUGGCAGCUGAUGAGGAGGUACACAGUGCGGGUUCUGUCGGAUCUGGGUGAUGGAGAGAAGAUUGGAGAUCUGAUCAUCCUCAACUGGGUCAACACCACCUUGAGCCAGAAACGCAAGGACUCGCAGAUCAGCAGCUUCAAGGACAAACUGAUCAGCACCAGUCUGCCAGUAAUCGAUCUGAUCGACGUCAUCGCUCCUGGUACCGUCAAGUGGGACAUGGUGAAGAGACUAGAGAAAAGAGUGAUGGACGAGGACGAUAAACUCAACAAUGCCAAGUACGCAAUCUCAUUGGCCCGCAAGAUCGGCGCUCGUGUCUACGCGCUGCCGGACGAUUUGGUGGAGGUGAAUCCCAAGAUGGUGCUGACGCUGUUCGCCUGCCUCAUGGGUCACGGUUUGAAAAAGGUCAACCACUGAAACCGACACGAACAAACCAAACGGAACCGACCACCGACCGUCAAUUUUCACCCCUGUGCGCUUUUCAUCUUUUCGUCAUCAUUGUAAUUUUCCUUUUUUUUUUUUUUGACCUUUAUUUAACUUUUGCAUGAUCGCCCGCGAGAGCGAGACAGCCUCUCAUCCUCUCUGUCAAACAAUUAGCCUGCCUGAAGUUCAAAAUAAUCUCUCAUCAGCAAAGCCAUCGCAUUUGUCUAUCAGUGAUUGUAUUUAAUAGGACAUUACAUCCUUUUACUUCUUCUGUUAUUUGACCAGAGAACAAGAUACGGCAGAAGGAAAAGUGGAAUCACACACCCGUGCUUUGUUUCUGUAAAUGUUGUGCAUUGAAUAUUACUAUUUAAUUAUUAAAGAGAAUCUCUUAAUUUUU